GCCGGGAUAGAGUUUCCAAAAAAGUUAGAAUAACUUCCUCUCCCGGAGACCUCGGUUUUGCACAAGCCGGUCUCGAAAUCAGAGCCUUUGCGAGCGACCCGGGAGCCUGUGCUCGGCGGCCACAGGCUUGGCCAGUGGCGUGCGCUCGGCGCCCCCCAGCCCCACGCGCGCCGGGCGGGCGCCAUGGAGGAGGGCUCCAGCUCGCCGGUGUCCCCCGUGGACAGUCUGGGCACCAGCGAGGAAGAACUGGAGAGGCAGCCCAAGCGCUUCGGCCGGAAGCGGCGCUACAGCAAGAAAUCGAGCGAAGAUGGCAGCCCGACCCCGGGUAAGCGCGGCAAGAAGGGCAGCCCAAGCGCGCAGUCCUUCGAGGAGCUGCAGAGCCAGCGCAUCCUGGCCAACGUGCGCGAGCGCCAGCGCACCCAGUCGCUCAACGAGGCCUUCGCCGCGCUGCGCAAGAUCAUCCCCACGCUCCCCUCUGACAAGCUCAGCAAGAUCCAGACGCUCAAGCUGGCCGCCAGGUACAUAGACUUCCUCUACCAGGUUCUCCAGAGCGACGAGAUGGACAAUAAGAUGACCAGCUGCAGCUACGUGGCUCACGAGCGUCUCAGCUACGCCUUCUCCGUGUGGCGCAUGGAGGGCGCGUGGUCCAUGUCCGCCUCCCACUAGCGCCGCGCCGCGCCAUCCACCUCCGGAGCCGCACG